CUUGGCCAGGACUGCUGCAGACUCUUUAAUCGACUGAGAGUGCUCGCCUAAAUCGAGAGUAAGUGAUACAAGCAAGAACCUUCGUCGACCAUGCUUGAUGACACGAGUGCUUUAGUUGCCACCCUCCAUGAAAACCUAGCCUGUUGUUCCAAGUUGAUUGAAGCAAGUGACUACAGCAAUUCGGAGCAAUCGAUUGCUGAACUCGUUGAUUUCCUUAAUUCGAUCUCCAAUUCUCUAAUAUCCGAAGGACGUGAGAAUGAUGCUUCUGAGAGCAUCGCGAUUGAAAUUCUCACUCAAAUCCAUCAAUACGUGGCCUCACCCGAGGACAUUGUUGAUGCAUUGGCAUUUGAGUUGCCGAAGGCCGCAAUGCGAUUUGCCUGUGUAUCAACAAGGUGUUCAGAAGUUGCCGAAGGCAUAGUUGAUAUUUUUGUCAGCAGAUGUAGCCCUCGGGACAUGCUUUCAAUUAUUUGUGAGGCAAUAGGUUCUCCAAGCGAGCACUUCAUGGUCCCUGGCUAUUUUAUACCUCUCCUUAAUGGGCUCAUGAAAGUACUUGCCCUAAUACAGAGGCGGCACUAUGAGCAUGUAAAAACUACAGUUCCGGUCGUUCUUAAUGUUUUGAGGAUUAUUUGUUCGAAGCCAGACUAUGAUGAUACGGGUUAUGAGAAGUUGUUCCAUAAAGCAGUUGGCAUUGCCUGCUCUAUUAGAGCACUAUGUGCAAAGUUGGAAGAAGGGGACAACAAGAAACUCAAUGCUUUAUUAGGCCUAUAUGUCUUGGAGAUCAUGGUUCUUGUUUCAGUUGGAAUGUCAAGUGACAUAUCAAGAUGUCUUCCUGUGGUGCUGGAGUUGUCUGACUCUCUUCAGUAUUGUGAAUUGUCUUACAUUGGUUUAAUAACAGGAUUUGAGGUUGAUACAAUCUAUAAGCUAGUUGUGGGAGAAAUUACGGAUGAUACAGUGGAUGCUAUGGAUUGCUUUUCUCAAGUCAAGCUUGGAGCAGCACUUGCAGUAAUGUGGGGUUACAAGGCUAGUAAAGUUGCUGCAGCUGCCAGAGCUGAUUUGGCAGCGGUCACUGUGGAACUUCAAAGUAACUGGCGUAGAAGAUGGGAAGCAAUAGAAGAUGGAGAUGUGGACUACUCAAUGCAUAUACCAACUUUUUGUACCAGUUUGCAAGCUAUUCAGAUGGUCAUCAUGUCUGCUCCAGGUUCUGUACUGAGGAAAAAUUCAUUUAGUGCAUUUAAAAAGGUACUUGCAGACAUUCCAACAUCCACGAGAUUGGAUAUCUUAAGGGCUUUGAUAAAGAAUAGUGACUCACCGUCUAUGAUUGGAAUACUUCUAAAUUGUGUCAAAGAUGAAAUGCACAUGGGUAAAUUUGAAAGAGGUUUAUCAACAAAUGCCGUCCCGAACAUUGAUGUUACUAGAUCGACUUUGUUUUGGAAUCCAUCUGUGCUUGAAUUGGUGGAAGAGGUACUAAGGCCUCCAGAGGGCGGGCCUCCUCCUUUUCCAGAGUACAGUGAUGCAGUAAAGUUCUCUCUCCCUUUCUCUUUGUCUGCAUGUGUGCAGCUGCAGUAUAUUCCUAUGGAUCUCUCCCUUCUUGUCUUCCAUUGGUACAUACUACCCCUUCCAUAUGCAAGGAUUGAUAUACCAGAAGUACUAUUUUAUCGGCCCUUAAUCUCUUCAGAUAUAUUCUCAUUACAGAGUCAACAGGCAAGAAACUCAAACUACACUGGGAUACUAUCCAAGGAAAAUUUGCACAAGGCUUACAAUGAAUGGCUUCUUCCGCUACGCACGUUAGUGACCCUUAGUGCAGCCGAAAGCCAGAAAGAUCACGACGACCAAUUGGCGUGUGAUAUGAUGUGUGCUUUGAAUCCCAUUCAGUUGGUUUUGUAUCGCUGCAUUGAACUUGUUGAAGAGAACCUGAAAAAGUUAUAACCAA